AUGAAGUUUAAGGCAUCUCUUCAGGAUCCCCACAUGCUUCUCCGGGUUUUGCAGGUAUGCUGCAGGAUCCAGCGUGGGUGUUUAAUUCAACUACACUCGACCCGCACGCGCUUCUUCACCAAGGUUGGCACUGUUGAUGGUGUGCAGGUGUGGGUGGGAUGUCAUACGAAGAGCCUCUUUAGUGACUUUCGCUGUGAUUCUCAUGACGAAGAACAGUCUAUUACAUUUGAGGUGUUAGAUAUUAGCCAGUUUAUUCAUUCCAUUAAACAGGCUGGUAUGCGUCCACGCUGGAGUGCUGAAGCAAAACCACUAGUAAUGCGCCUGGGGCGCAGCGGCAAACGACCUGUCCUAAAGCUCACUAUGCAAGGUCACCAAGGUUUACCAGAUCUCAGUUAUGACAACCCUAUCCGCAUUUUCAGUAAGCGCGAAAUUGAAGGCAUGCGAACCCCUUCACUCGGGGACGAACGACUACAGGUUGUUAUUCCUAAUGUUGUUGAGCUUACCACCUUUGUUGAGAGGCUCAAAAAUGCACAAUGUGAGCAUGUGACCUUCUCGGCGCAAAGACAUACGCCAUCUGUGGAUGCUCUCCACUCCAGCGUGCUGAACAGUAAAACGCGAAAUAGUCAGAACGGUCGCGUUUCCAACGGUGCUGCACUUGCGCCUCCCCACGCAACGUUGAUGAUUUCUGCUGGGAACUUUUUUGCCAACUUUGCAUUGUCAUACGAUGCAGUAGAAAUGAUCCCUCGGAAAGACUCCGACACCGAUAAUGCCCAGAAUGACGAAAAUGACUCUGAAGAGGAGAAUAUAGAGGAACCUCAUGCGGUGGUUGUGAUGGUUGGUGUGAAAAAGUUUGCCAGAUUUUUCUCAUCUGUACGUGAUAUCGAUCCAACGCGAACGAGCGUGUAUUUGGUUCAUAAUGCAGCUCUUGUAUUGAGUGUAUACACGUCGAACGGCACCACAAUGGUAGCGUAUAUCCCCGCCUCAGGUUGACGACAAACCUCUGCUCGCUCAUUUUAUUUUUUACUCUUCACAUAUUUACUGAAAAAUGCCCUCCCAACAGCGAGUAGUCUCUUUUAGAAGGAUACCAUGAAGCAUUAUUGUCAUUGAUAUCAUACAUUCAUUCUUUUCAGAGUUUAUGGUUCCACGUGUGAUGCGCUUCGGAGAUCAUGGUGAAUUCGACUGUAGUAAGGGAGAUGUGCUAAGCGAAUGAUUGUCCAUUCCCCUUCACGAAGGGACGAUUAAAAAUACAUACAAAAAAAAAGUAUAAGAGUUAACG